AUUAACAGGGUGAUCUGCUUAACUCUGUUUCAUGGUACUGAAGAGAAGAAGGAGCAGACAAGACCAGACUGUAGCACUAAACAGCUGAAAGGAAAAUGAAGCCCACUAUCUCCUUGUGUUUAUUGUUGGUUGGUUUGGAUACUGUUGCCCUGUAUCAUCAGCAUCCCCGCUAUCGAAAUAAGCAAGAUGAUGCUAAACGGACAUAUUAUCCAGGACAUAGUUCUCAGUGGGAAGGAGCUUCUCCACAUAAGAACAAAACUUUUGUCAAACUAGUUUUCGGCAAUGCUGACUUUGCAUUUUCCUUUUACAAGCUGGUCGCAUCUGAAGCAACGGACAAAAAUAUUUUCUUUUCACCCAUAAGCAUCUCUGCUUCCUUUGCAAUGCUGGCACUUGGUGCCAAGGCUAUGACACUGACACAGAUUCUGGAAGGGCUUGCCUUUAACCUGAAAAAGACUCAGGAGCAGGAAAUACAUGAAGGUUUUUGCCAACUCCUCCACAUGCUGAACCGUUCAGACAGUGAAUUCCAUCUGAGCCUGGGCAAUGCCCUUUUUAUAGAAGAGACACUAAAACCACUACAGACGUUCUUGGAUGAUGUCAAAAGCUUUUAUGAAUCUGAAGUCUUUUCUACUGACUUUAACAACUCUGUUGGCGCUGAGAAUCAGAUCAACAGUUAUAUUGAGGAAAAGACAAAUGGGAAAAUUGUUAAGCUGGUGGAAAAUCUUGAUCCUCUGACUGCAAUGGUCCUUGUUAACUAUGUCUUCUUUAAAGCCCAUUGGGAGAAACCCUUCAGUACAUCACAGACAAAACAGGAGGAUUUUUUUGUGGAUCAGAAAACAUCUUUGCAAGUUGACAUGAUGUAUCGAAAAGGGUACUACAGAAAUUACUUUGAUGAAGAGCUGUCCUGUUGGCUGGUUCAGAUACCUUACAAUGGAGAUGUUGUGGCAUUAUUUGUUUUGCCUGAUGAAGGGAAGAUGAAGCAGGUGGAAGAUGCCCUCUUGAAAAGGACUGUAACUAAAUGGGAAAAGUCCCUCCAAGACAGAAAAAUACAUCUGCACAUUCCAAAAUUUUCUAUUUCUGGUACCUAUGAUGUGAAAAAGAUAAUCAAACAAAUGGGUAUGGUCGAUCUGUUUACUGAACAAGCUGAUUUGUCGGGGAUUACUGAGGAGCCUGGACUGAUGGUUUCAAAAGUGGUCCACAGAGCCAUGUUGAAUGUUCAUGAGAAUGGCACUGAGGCGGCCGGGGCCACAGUGAAGGAGGUUACCUGGAGAUCUGGGGAUUUUCCUCGCCCGCCUCGAGUCAGAUUCAACAGACCCUUUCUCCUGAUGAUUCUGGAUAAAUUCACCCGCAGUGUCCUCUUCAUUGGGAAGAUUGUAAACCCUCGGAAAAAUGACUGAUUGACGAGACUUACGCAUACCACUGGCUAAAUUCCUGUGAUUCAGUGAAACACUUAAGUAUGCAUACCCCUCUGUGCUAGUGCUCCUCUUUCAACCAUUAUCCUUAGAAAUAUUAUUAACCCCUUAAAACACAAUAACUAUUUUUCCUUGUCCAAAAGUUACUAGGAUUUCCACAACCUACACCUGAGUAUAGUAUGUAGUGUUAAUGAAACACAAGUCAUUUUUCACCAGUUUUAUAAGAAGCCCUUUCUGAUGUGCUCCUGUGGGGUACUCAGUUGGUCCAAAAUCUCCAGUUGAUGUUGGUAUUGCUGUACAGUCACAGGGUGUGCAUGUGAAAGGAGAAACAGGAAAAAGGAGGUGCAGGUUGUAAGUCCUGUCUGUUUAAUCCACCAACCCUUGAUGACUACUCUUAGAUUCAGUUUUCUUUAAUAUUGGAAUGAAUUUUCAUUAAUUUCUUUAGGUUUUGUAACCAAGUAUGGCAUGACACUGCAGGAUCAGUGACUGGGAUGCUGGAGGAGACACCAGUGUAAAUGGCUGAUGAGUACAGCUGUUUUACUUUGCCUUCCUCUGACUACUCCUCAGUGGAAGCCCUCCCCAUGGAGACAAGAAGGCUGCUUUUACUUUAUAGAUAAUGUUAAUUCUACUAUGGAAGGAAUCCAUAGCAGAAAAAAGACUUCUGUUUUAUCCUACUAAUAUAACUAUCGUUGCUAAUGCCUUCAGGCAAAAGUCUGAUGGAGUAGUCCAGGACAUAGCACCAGUUUCCUUUUCAUGGAUUUGUUGUCACUGUCACUUCUUCUUUCGAUUGGUGCCACCGUCAGUAUUCACUUUCCAGCUAGACUUGACAGACUGUGGUAGAAAAAAGGAGGAAUGAGAAUUGUAACUCCAGAAAGUUUGUAUUUCCUCAGUAGGAACAGCAGAGCUUUCCUAGGUACUGUUAACUUGAUUUAAGCUAACAUAAACAUGCAUAAAAAUGCAGAAAAUAUUUCAGAAGUCACUGUUCUAAAUGUUAACAGUGGAUUACUGCUAUAGAUUUUACUCUAUAUAGAGUAAAAACUGACUGGGAAUUGAUAUUUGUACUUUUUCUUAAGGUUUCUGGAAUCCAACUACACUAGAUAGUUGCAUGGUUAUGAAAGGAAAGAAACACAAAGCAGUAAAUGUUUAAAUUAUUUUAUUAUUUUUUCUUUAGUUUUUAAAUCAACAUCCCUAGCACAUCUUAUUAAAAUAUAGAAAAGCAAUGAAAGCAUGUAAACUAUAGACUGAUUAAAUAUUUUCUUACAGAAUAUCUCAAACUGGUUGGAAAAAAAUAUAAAUGGCAAUGUUUUAGACCUUAGUUUCUUAAGAUGUCUGUGAAAAAUAUAACUUAAAAACUGUGGUGAAUAUUUUUAAAACACAAUUCUUUUUUUGGUUUGGGGACCUUUAUUUUCUUUCACAUUAAAUCAAUGUUAUCAAAUAUGAGUAAAUUGUAGCAUAAGAAUACCAAUAAGGAAUAGUAAAAGCAUUCCAUGUCUAUCUUCAGACAGGUAACAGUUGAUAUUCACUUUCAAAGUCCUCCUCAAAAUCACAUAGACCAAUGACAAAAGUUCCUUACUUAUAACUAUUUAGUAUGCUCCCUGUUUAGUAACAAGUAGUUGGCUUCAUGCCUCUAAACAUAUAAGAACUUAGUCUUGGUGUUAUACAGGUAAAUUCAUUCUACAGAAAAUCAUUUAAAAGUUCUUGCCAAAUCUCAGGGCUAACACAGGAUGCAUUGUCAAAGUCCAGCUUUGCAAUGACAAAUAACUCUGUCGGCAAAUAUCAAGAGACUGUUUGUUGUUCCUUAUGGACCUCAGAUCAAUAGUCUCUGUUUGUUAGUAGGAAAAAAAUACCUAAAUUCUAUUUUGCCAACCACAUCUCACUUUGAAAGUAACCUUGCUGCUUAACUCGUUGGAAACUGGAUAGACAGAACUAAAGCUGAUUUAAGAACAGGAUGACCAGAAAA